AUGGCAACAGAAUUAAGUUUCGAAUAUUUUACAACAGAUUUGUAUGUUAUGGGUGAUAAUAAAGAAUCUUAAUGUGGAAUAGAUAAUUAGGAUUAUGUUUCUAAAUUAACUAAAAUAAAUUUACCAAUGGUAAUAAGAGAAAUAGCCUGUGGAUUAGAACAUACUUUAAUAGUAACAAGUAUUUUAAUAUCAAUCAUAUUUAGAUGAAGGAUUAGUUUAUGCUUUUGGUUCAAAUUUAAAAGGAUAACUAGGAGUUGAAAAUAUAUCUGUUGCAUGUUCUCCAAUAUAAGUUUAGGGAAUAAACAAUUUAAAUUGUAUUAAAAUAGCAGCAGGAGAAUAUCAUUCUUGUUUAUUAACUGGUAUUAAUCAUAGAUUAAUAUAGAGAUGAAAAUUAAGCAUAUUAAUGGGGUGAUAAUAUUUUGAAACCUUAAUUUAUAAAGUAAGCAUAAAAUAUUAAAUGUGGUUUGAAUUUUACAAUCUUUUAAGAUGACUCACUUUAUUUGUAUAAAAAUUAAGUCUUAUAAGCUUUACAAAUUCAUUCAUAAAUAUCUGAUUUUGCUUGUUCUGCAUACAACUUAUUCUACUUAGAUAAUAAUAAUAAUUUGUAUCUACAUCCAGAAACUAAAUUAAUUGAAAAUGUAUCAAAUAUAUUUAGUGGAUAUCAUCUAUCAUUGUUGACUGAAGAUAAUAAAUUAUAUUAUUAUUAAGAUAAACAAUUGAUUCAAGUCAAUAUCUCAACAAACAAAAUAGAUAGUUCAUUUAGUAAAGAGUUUGCUAUUGUUUUGGAUGAAGAAAAUAAAGCUAUAAUAAUCAACUUAAAAACUUAACAAUAAAAAGAAUAAGAAAUUGUAUUUCAUGCUAUAAGUUCUGGUGUAAAUCAUCUUAUAUUAAUUGGAAAUAUUACUAGAGGAUAAAAAUAGGAUGAAGAACAAGAAGAAUAAGAAUAAAUUUAAGAAGAUGAAGAUGAUUCUAUUUUAGAAUAAGAUGGCAUGAGUCCAAUUAUAAAUAAAAAAAUAUAAUAAGAUGUAAAUUAUUCAAUUAUUUUUAGUAAUUACAAAAUACUUAAUAAAAUAAUACUUUCUCUUUUUCUAUUAGAAAAGAGAUACAAUUAUUGCAUAGCAUAAAAACUAAUAAUAAAGAAACAUAAACAGAUGAUGAUAUAUAUUACUAAUUAAAAUAUGAAAAUGAAGAAUUAAGAAAAAAAGAUUAAUAACAAAAAAAGAAUUUAGAAAUGUAAAUUCUAUUUUAAAAGACAUUAUAAGAAUAAAUUAAUAGAUUAACUUAAGAAAAUAUCAUUUUAAAAUAGGGAUAAGAUAAAAAUUAGUUAUUAAAUUUAAUCAAAUAAAAACAACAAAAUUUAAAAAAUUUAAUUGAUGAAUUUUACAAAAAGUAAAGAGACUUCUUAGAAUUAAAAAAAUGA